AUGAACGCGUUUGAGCUGAAACGCGAAGCUGUCAAUCUUUGUGCUCAGCUUUUCGCCGGUCAUGAUAAAGAUCGAAGGCAGAGAUGGAUGGCGAAAAUGAUUGAAGUGCUUAAAAAGCAGUCGUUAAAAUCUUCGCUGGUGUCCGAAGAAGUGAUCCGCGACGUUUUUCGCCAAUGUAAAUCCAAAGGAGCACAGGACCCUGGCAAACUUCUCAAUGUCUUUGACGCAUUUUCCUUAAAAGCAUUCGACUACGAUCAGGAUUUGAAGAAAAUGGUUUUGAGGGAACGAAAACCGACGAUCGCUUGCGAUUCCAGCUCGUUCACGAGUGCGGCCAAACAGCGAUUCUUGCUAGUCAAACAGCGCGCCAGCCGUUGCGCUUCACUGAAAAACAUCAAAUUCACCACUUGCGAAUGCCUGCUGAGCUCGAACAAGACGAUACCGAGUGUGGUGAUACUCGGAAUGCUCACACAACAAAAAGCGGAUUGUUUCCAUAUUGAGGAUUUGACAGGCUCGAUUGAAGUCGAAUUCAAAGAAGACACCCGAUUCCACCACGCGCUAUUCCAUGAGAACUCCAUAGCGAUUUUUGAGGGCAACUUCGAAUAUGGCGUUCUAAAGGUGAACGAAGUGGCGCUGGUGCCUGUCGAGUCUGCGGAAAUCACAAGAAAAGAGCUGAGCUCGAAUGAGAAUUGGUUUGGCGGCGAUGAGAAGAUCGCGUUCCGAUGCAGCGAUCGCCACCGUGCCGCCCUUCUUCAACACCCCGACAGCGCGAUCAUCAUGGUGUCCGACGUAUUUCUGGAUGAUGAGCGCGUGUUGAAGGGCAUUUUCGCGCUUCUCGAAGGCUAUUCGCAAAUUCCGCCGAUCGCGUUCGUCUUCUGCGGCAACUUUUGCUCGCAACCGCGUCAGAAGGAGACGAUGGCGUUGAUGGAUCGCGGAUUCCGAUGGCUUGCCAAUCAACUAAACGAGUUCAAAGAAGCGUAUCAGAAGACGCAAUUCAUUUUCGUGCCGGGACCCGAUGAUCCGCUAGUCGACAUGGUGUUGCCGCGUCCGAAUCUCCCAUCGUCGCUGUUCAAACACGUGUCGGCCGUCGUGAAUUGCACGUUCGCCAGCAAUCCGGCGCGAAUUCAAUACGCGUGUCGUGAGAUCGUCGUGUUUCGCGGCGACGCCAUCAAAAAAAUGUGCAGGCAUUCGAUCAACAAAAUCGCGGCCGACACGAUACCGGCGAGAUACGCGAAAAGUGUUUUGAGUCAGGCGCACCUCUCGCCGCUUCCCAAUCAUAUCCAACCGGUGUUGCCCGAUUAUAGUCAUGCGUUGGCACUUCAUCCGCUUCCCGACCUUCUUGUCGUCGCUGAUCGCUUUGAGGCGUUCACCGAAUCGGUGACGGGUUCCGGCUGCAUUGUGACGAAUCCAGGAUCAUUCUCGCGAAGCAACUUCACGUUCCAAGUGUAUUAUCCGAAUCAGGGAAAAGUUGAAGCUUCUCAGAUUCCGGCGAAUUGA